GGUGUACCGUGCGUCGUCGCCAUGCGACUCGACCAGAACGUCACACUGCAAACAAGAGUCAGACAAUUUGUUAUGUCGCGUUCAAACAGUAUUUUAUCUACUACGGAACCCAAAAGGAGCGCAAGUCACCGCGUGAUUGAAUGAUUUACCUGGGAGCCCCCGCUCUCCGGUUUCGUUUGUAUUGUUUCAGGAGCCUUCUAAACUUGCACGGUAGAAGCGCGUGAAAAGACCUCGGUUUAAAGUGGCAUUCGCUCUUGUAUAAGCAUGGAGAGAGAGAGCGUAAAGGAAAGGGCCGCCGGGACCGAUUUGGACAUGGACCAGCAGUAUUGUGAGCUUUGUGGAAAGAUGGAAAACCUGCUUAAAUGUGGACGGUGUCGGAACUCUUUCUACUGUAGUAAAGAACACCAGAAAGCGGACUGGAAGAAGCACAAGCAGGUUUGUAAAGAGGCCGAGAAACCACAGUGUCAGCCACAGCCCGAAUCAACACAACAGCCCGCACGGACUGCGGAAGGAGGGCAAGACAAGCAGCUAAAAAAGAAAAGCACAGAACAACAGAGUAAAACAGCUUCUCAGAGCACCACAAACACUGGGCUUUCAAAUCCGCCUGCAGGUGGCGAAAGAAUGAAAGAUUUGAUCACUUCAGCAACUCGCUCGGGUAGUGUGUCUGACAGCAAGCAGACUGGGGAAGGAAUUAAACUCAGCUCUAAGACCAACGGACAAACGAUGUCCCCCCCGCAAAAACUGGCUAUGGACUAUAUUGUUCCAUGUAUGAAUAAGCAUGGCAUUUGUGUUGUUGACAAUUUCCUUGGAGAAGAAACUGGACUGAGCAUUUUGGAGGAUGUGAGAGCCCUCCACAAGACUGGUAAAUUUAGUGAUGGGCAGUUGGUUAGUCAAAGAAGCGACUCCACUAAAGAUAUACGAGGAGACAAAAUAACCUGGACUGAAGGAAGAGAACCUGGUUGUGAGAAGGUAGCCUUUCUCAUGAGUCGCAUGGACGACAUGGUCCGACACUGUAAUGGUAAACUGGGAAACUACAGAAUAAAUGGAAGGACGAAAGCCAUGGUGGCCUGUUACCCAGGCGACGGGACUGGGUAUGUACGUCAUGUGGAUAACCCUAACGGCGAUGGGAGAUGUGUAACGUGUAUUUACUAUCUCAAUAAAGACUGGGAGGCUAAGUUUGUGGAGACUUCACCGGGUAAAGAAGCAUUUUUCAUUACAAGAUGAAGAUGGCGUGCGAAAGACUACAUAUUUUGGUCAAAUUCUAACCAGUAAAAAAAAAUAUUGUUCCUUGUUUUUCUGGUUCCUUAAAAAAAAACAGUAGACCUAUACAAGGCCUAUUCAUGAAGGAUGCCAUAAUGACAUCGUUGCAACCAGUUUUCUCUGCUGGGAACAACACUGUGGCUUUGUAUAUUGACUCUGUUAAUUCCAUGCCAUCAUUGUAAAUAAGAAUUUGUUCUUAACUGACCUGCCUAGUUAAAUAAAUUCCAUGCCGUCAUUGUAAAUAAGAAUUUGUUCUUAACUGACCUGCCUAGUUAAAUAAAUUCCAUGUCAGUCACACUUCAGAGGUCAGUUUCUGGAUGUAAUUCCAAAGUUCACCAACCAGCCCACUAAAUGAGUUUAUGCGGAGGGGAGAAGUGUUGAUCGAUAAAGUGAGGGGAAAGGGGGGUGUCUAAACAGGUACUGACACGCUAUGGAUGAAUCCCACACAUACUGUACAAUGACUCCAUUGCCUGGCUUCUGAAAUUCCUUCCUCCAGAAACCAGUGGGUUGGGCCAGAGCCAGAAGUCAUUUUGAAAAUGUAUCAUUGGCUUUGAUACUCUGAUUGGUUAGAGAUGAUCCAAUCACUGAUGACUUUGUUUUGGAAAGCACCCCUCAUUUUGACGUCACCACAGACGACUUUAACAAUGGCAGUCUGACUGAAGUGUGUAGCAAAUGAUAGAGCAGCGGAAGAACUCAGUUUGAGUCGUCAGGUAACUGACUCCAUACCAUAUGUAUGGUGUCCAUAUAAGGACAGCCUCUGAUGGACAUCAACACCUUGUGAAUCUGUUAUAAUAUAGCAACCAUACAUGCUACAGUGUGACAAGUGAUGGCAGAAGCACAGCUGACUAUGGAGUCCUGUUGGGACGGAAAACAUGUAAUGGACACAGUCUGCAUAAUUUACAGCUAAUGUGGGCACUCACUGCUAUUAUAUUUUCAUGUAAUUGCACAAAUAAUGCUCACAAUCCCACGCACACACAGGCAUUCAUGCACCAAAGGGAGUGGCAGUAACUGCUAGAAACAACCCCCAGGGCUACCACUAGAACAUUGUGAUUGCAGGUGGAAACUAUGCUGGAAUGGGGAUGACAGGCAGGCAGCUCCUCUCACACUCCCACUCUGACAUUGUGGGCCUUAAUUCUAAUCCAAUAGCGCCCUCCCUUCUCUUUUCCCCUGAUCUUUGCCUUUGCUGACCCUCCUCAGAUCUGAAAGAAUGAACGUGAAUAAGGGGAUAGGGAGUUAUCAGUUUGGAAUCCACUAGUGGGGUCGUAUAGUAGGGCUGCAGCCAAGGUCCUAGUAAGACUCAACAGAAGAGAAGCUGUCAGUCUCACUGCCCUACAGGCCUGGUGUAAGAUUAGCAGCUAAUUAUGAAAUUAGGACCACUUAGAGAUUUUACCUGGGUCAUGUUCAGUAAGGCGAAAACUGAGUGAAACAAGGAACUACCUAAACUUUUCCAAUAAGGACACAGAUUUGAAUUUACUGUUGUUUAAUUUGCCUAUGGUGUACCCUACUGAGCACGACAGUAAACUUGCAAAUGCCUCACCAUCGGACACCCAAAACAUUUUGUUGUAGCCCUAAACCAGCACACCUGAUUCACCUAAUCAAGGGCUUGAUGAUUAGUUGACGAGUUAAAUCAGGUGUGCUAGCUCUGGAAUAUCACAUAAAUGGAAUGGCUGGAGGUCUCCGUGGAAUGGUUUGAGAAAUGCUGGAGAAGUUGAUAGCAGCUGAGGUUCUAUCAAUAGAUGCAUCAUCAGUGUUUCCAACAUCCAGUACCCCCGGACAUGCACACCUGAUUCAACUUGUCAACUAAUCAUCAAGCCCUCAAUUAGUUGAAUUAGGUGAGUUUGUCCAGGGCUACAACAAAAAUGUGUGCUGUUGGGGAUCAGGGGUUGGGAAUUAUUUAAAAAAUAAUACCUGAGAACCCGGGAAUUAUUGUCAGACAGCUCCCGUCAAGGGCUGUUCUGAGACCCUAGGUGAAGGAGGGAGUUGUCACACGAUCAUUUCUGGGCAUUAUUGCUUUUAGAAAAUGUUUGCCAACAUAUUUAUAAAAAUAUUAAUUACAAGUACAUUUGGUUUUGCAUUCUGAAAUUGCUCCCCUAGCUGGCUGGUCUUUAGUUAUUUUCUCAUGUUUUU